UGAACUUUUUUCAUUUUUGUUUCUCGAUUUCACGUGUCCAAAUUUCACUUCUCUUACUGAAUUGAAGAAAUCCGCGAGUUUUCUGUAAGCUUUCAUCAGAUUUUUCAAGGUCCCUCUCCCUCUGUUCAUCAAUUUUCUUCCGGGUGAAUCAUAAACCCUAAACCACGCGAUCCCAAUUCUAUUCAGAUUGAUAUACAAACCCCCACCAGGUUUAAACCCUAAUUUUGAUCUUAAAUCUUCGCUUUCUUUUCAUCAAGGGUCACAUUUCUUUCCGUUAAUGUCGCCUGCGGCGGUGGAACUACGAUCGUCGGUGAUAUCUCCACCAUCUGAAUGCCCAUCAGCCGCGCCCCAAAACCCUGAGCUUAAACCCCAGCGAUUCGAUUCAUCGUUUAGUUUCCCGGCAUUUUGUCCCGGCGAUAUACAGGGUGGCCAGCAGGGAGUGAGCUCCUUCAGUUGUAGUGAUCCGAGUGGACCUGGUUUGAAGUCCGCUUCGAAUUCUCAUCCAGUGGCUCGAUCGCGGCCUAGGCUUGCGAAGGUCAGGAAACGGGUGGCGGCGCAGCAUGCGAGGUCGAAAGUUGGUCCUUGCGAGGUUAGUUCGAGUUUGGGAAACAGCGGUUGUUCGAAUGAUGGGUUUGUGUUUUCAGGCGAUGCUUCGAAGUCUGACGGCAGUUUUGUUUUCGGAGCGAAUCGGAAUGGCGAUUCGAAUUCUGGGGAGAGAGUGUCCACCAACAAUGUGCGUAAGGAAUCGGAUUCUGGGAAGCUUGAGAAUGAAGUGUUCGUGUUUGGUUCUAAACUGAGCCAUCGGGCAUCGAGUUCAGGUAACGAAUGCGAACAGUCUUAUGCAAAUUGUGAGAACCUUGUAGCGGAUGAUGGGGUGAAAACGAAAGCAUCGUGGAAGAGGGAAAACUUGAUAAAUGUUGAGAAGCUCCACUCCGGCGGUGGUAGAUUGAAAAUGGAUUCUGUAACAACUGAUGCCACGAAUAACAGCAAUGAAGAGUCUGUACCGGUUGCUAACACGAUUGAUCUGUCAUCCACAGUUAACGCAAAAGAGGGAGAACUUGGUAAAUCUGUGGGGAAGGCAGGAAGACCUGUUUUUGAUUUUGGAGUCAAGAUGAAAGCAGAAAGCAUAGCAGAGUUUCAGAAAGCGGAAGCUAGUAAUGUUAACUUUAGCUGUGAAGAGGGUAGGACACUCAAGGAGCAUCUUGGUAGAGAUGCAUUUGUAUUUGGAAGUUCCAGCUUAAAUGAAGUGAUGGAAGGGAGGGGUCUGAAUGAGAGGAAUUUGAACAGUAUAGAUGUAAGAGAUAGUGCCAGCAGCAACGUGACUGCUGGUAAUUUGGAAUCUGAUACUAACAUGAAUCGAGGUUCUACAGAAAGCAACAAUAUUAGCGAGAGUGUUUCAAGGCCUAAGACAAUAUUCACACUCCCUGAUGAGAUGAAGAAUCUGAACAUCAAUGAUUCUGGGAAUAUGAAUGGAUAUGAAAAACCUGAGUGUUCAAAUACUACAUUUACUGAGACCUUUUCUAGCUUUAAGGGUUUUGAAAAGCCAUCUGACUUUUCUAAUGGAUGUCUUGGAAAAACUAACUUCCACUGUUCAGAAGGUCUGGCAGGUUUUAUUAAUAGUACCUUUGAGGAUGAUCCUGAAAGUAGUGGUAAGAACAAACCUGAAUUUCAAAGUGGUUUUGAAUUUUCUUCUCAUUUUAUGGGGGGGUGCUCUAGCUCUGAGCCAUUUAGUUUUCUGUCAGGAUGCUCUGUGAGCUGUGAUGGGUGCCAGUUUCCUCAACCCUGUGUAAAUGAUACUAUGCAACCAAAGAAGGCCACAACAACAUCAUCAUUCUCAUCAGCUAGUUUUCAAUGUCAAUCCAAUGACAACCCAUAUGGAGUUCCUAUGGCCAAAGGUGGGAAGAAUGAUAAAGAUGGUCCUUUAGACACCUCAAAUAAUUUAAGUUCUUCAACAGAAUUUAGAAUUCCACAGUGGGAUCCUUCAUCUUUCAAAGAAAAUUUGUUUUCAGAUCUCAAUCGAAAUUCAGCAUCUAGUAUUAAGAAUAAACUGAACAAAACUAAGAAAAAGAAAACAAGGGGAAAUCUGAGGCAAACUAACAGGCAAGAUAAAGUAUCAAAGGACGAUGAAAGUUCUCAAAUUAAUUUAGACUCUCCUGGAUCUUGCACACCUAUGGAUUUCUCCCCCUAUCAGGAAACUAUAUCUGUAGAUAAAUAUUCAAGAGAUAUGCCAGGUGAAUCCUCCCACCUGGUCAAUAAUUCAGCACCUUGGACGCCAAAUUCUACAGCUUGUACCAAUGAAAAUGAUGAAGUUCUUUUAACUGGAAGAAAAGUAACAGAUGAAUAUAAUGGUACCUGGAAAUGUAGUGAGCCAAAUGAGGAAAGUAUUGGGCACCGUGGAGAUGGAAUUUAUGUUCACAGUUUUGAAGGUUUUGAUUCUAGGAAUGAGACAGUUCGCUCUAAUCCCAUAACCGAGCAAUCCUGCAUGAGUGGUUUUGCCAAGGGGGCUUCUAUAGAACCGAUAGUUACUUUAAACUUGACCUCAGACACACUAGAAAGCAAUUGCGGAAAGCCGUCAGGUUUAGAAGAUACAUGGGACAAAAGUUUUACAUUUGCUGCAUCUUCUGCCAUCCAAACUAAUUUAUCAGCAACGAAGAGUCGGCACAGAAAGAAAAAUAGGAAGAAAUCUGAUCACAGUGUUUUUGUCAUCUCCCCGAGUCCAGAUAUGAAGUUUGGAUCAUCUUUUGAGUUUUCAUCCUUUGCUGGUUCGUCUUUGCAUUCAGAGGCUGCAAGUAAUUUGGAAGCAGAAGAAAAGUUCAAGCCAGGGCCUUCUUUCUCGACUGCGAUUCAAGAGACAUGUGAGAAGUGGCGACUCAGAGGAAACCAAGCUUACAAAAAUGGGAAUCUUUCAAAAGCUGAGGAUCUCUACACGCAGGGGAUAGAUUCUGUUCCACCAAAUGAAGGAUCGGCGUCUUGCCUUAACUCUCUCAUGCUUUGUUACAGUAAUCGUGCAGCCACACGAAUGUCACUUGGAAAGAUUAGGGAAGCUUUGGGAGAUUGUGAGGUGGCUAGCAAACUAGAUCCGAACUUUAUCAAAGUUCUAGUGAGGGCUGCAAAUUGUCAUCUUCUUCUAGGGGAAAUUGAAAAUGCAUUACAGUAUUUCAAAAAGUGCUUAGAAUCUAGAGAUGGGAUAUGUUUAGAUCGGCGGAUGAUAAUUGAAGCUGCUGAUGGCCUCCAAAAGGCUCAGAAAGUAGCAGAAUGUGCAAGGCUUUCUUCUGAACUUAUAGAACAGAAAACUGACAAUGCAGCUCUCAGUGCCCUAGACUUGAUUGCUGAGGCUGUAUCCAUCAGUCUGUAUUCAGAAAAAUUACUUGAAAUGAAAGCUGAAGCUCUCUUUAUGCUGCAAAGGUAUGAAGAUGCAAUUAAGUUGUGUGAGCAGAGUCUUUGUUUUGCGGAGAAAAAUUGUAUUGCAGAAAGUGAUAUUGUCAAAACAGAUGCUUCUGGAUUUCAAAGUCAUUCUUUCGUUAGAUUGUGGAGAUGGUGCUUGAUAACCAAAGCCCUUUUCUAUCUUGGAAAAUUUGAGGCUGCUCUUGAUACAGUUGGGAAACUUGAGCAAGAGAAGUUUAAUGAACAAAAGUCUAGAAUUAAAAGUUUGGAAUCAUCAUACACAUUAGCGAACACAAUGCGUGAGCUCCUGCGUUGUAAGAGUGCAGGGAAUGAAGCAUUUCGAUCAGGGAAAUAUACUGAAGCAGUGGAGCAUUAUACAGUUGCAUUAUCUAUUAAUGUUCAGUCUAGAUCUUUCACUGCAAUUUGUUUAUGUAACCGUGCUGCAGCAUACCAAGCUUUGGGUCAGAUUGCUGAUGCUAUAGCAGACUGUAAUCUGGCCAUUGCACUUGAUGGAAAUUAUUCAAAGGACAAGGUUGAGCGGUCUAGUACGCCUAGUAGAUCUGCUGGCAGUGUAGAAUUGAAGAAAGCUCGUAGGAAUUUGCCUUUGAUGGAAGAAGCUGCUAAAAGAGAAAUUUCCUUGGAUUUUUACCCUAUCUUGGGAGUUAAAGUAACUGACACUGCAUCUGAUAUUAAAAAGGCAUAUCGUAAAGCAGCCCUCAGGCAUCAUCCUGAUAAGGCUGGUCUGUUCUUAGCAAGAAAUGACAGCAGUCAUGAUGGACGACUCUGGAAAGAAAUCUCCCAGGACGUUUAUAGGGAUUCGGACAGGCUUUUUAAGCUCAUUGGAGAGGCUUAUGCUGUGCUAUCAGAUCCCAGUAAGAGAUCGGAUUAUGAUCUUGAGGAGGAGGUGAGAAAAGCUGCAAAGCAAAGCAACAGAGGCAACAACUGUAGAAGAUCCUCCAAUUCCCAUGGCUCUCCAUUUGAGAGAAGUGCCAAUGGACAGAACCACCGGGACAAUUGGAAGUCGUGGGGAAGCUCGCAAUCUCGAUGGUAAAUGGAAGCGACCGGCAUCGGUAUACAGCUUUUUAAGAUAAUCUGCAAUUCUCUUUUCACCCAUCUUAGUAGUAUCUCACUCAGCCAACAUUCAAUAGAAAAAUAAGAGAGAGAGAGAACAACCUUCCUCCUAAGGAUCAGUUGUGCAUAAGAAAGAUAGCUCAUAGCCAUCAUGUUAGCCACUUCUACUUAUUCCUGCCAUUCCUUUUACUUUUUCGGUUCCGAAUCCGAAAUUUUCUGGGGAAA